AUGCGCAGAGCGGAGCCGGCGUCUGCAGAGCCCGGGACUCACAGAGCCGCGGGCGGUCACGUGACCCCGCGGCUCCGGUCGGCCGGGGUCGGCCGAGCCCGGACCGACACACACCAGUGCACGGAAGCCCUAAGGGACAUCCUGGUGCCCGGGGGAAUGGUGCACACCUGGACAUGCCCAGUGAUGCACGCUGACAGCAUCGAGGUAAAAAUGAACGGGGAGACACACCCUAAGGUUCACAGCCCGGUGCUGAACGUCUGCCUGCCCCUACAAGAGCUCAAACGAUGUGUCCUUUUGCAGCCUCAACUGUCCUUACAAACCCAGGCUCUUUUGCAGGCACUGAGGGCUCUCAUCCCCUCACUCUUCUGGACUCCCUUACUCAUUCCAGGAACUGUGGAGGGCUGUGAGAUGGCACUGCUGCUUCCAAAUGUUUGCUGUCCUACACCCCGGUGCCCCAGUGUGGGUGGAAUAUACAUCACUCCAGGACCUCCUGCCCAUGAAAGAAAUUCAACUGGAGAGCUGCCCCUGGGGCCAGAGGAGUUCACUGCUGCAUACCAGGAUCUGAAUGACAAGCUGACUCAGCAAGAAAGGCUCCCAGAGGUGGUUCCAAUGCUAGACUGGGACCAGAACCAGGCCCUAGCUCAGCCUCUUCACCUCAAAACCAGUGAGCAGGAGCAGCCAGUUCGGCCUUCUGAGUUUCCUACGGGAGUUGAACCUUCUCAGACCCAGCAGGAGGCUCUAGCUCAGCCUCCAGAGUCUAUGGAGAAUGCAGCUCAAACUCCACCGAAUCUUAGGGUGACAGUUCAACCUCCAGGCGAGGAUCAAGCUCAUUAUAACUUGCCCAACAUUACAGUUAAACCUGCAGAUGUGGAUGUUACUAUAACUUCAGAGCCUACCAAGGAGACUGAAUCUUCUCCAGCCCAGCAGGAGGCCCCAACCCAGUCUCCAGAGGAGGUGGAACCUUCUGCAACACAACAGGAGGUUCCAACUGAGCCUCCAUGUCCUUCUGUGGAGGCUGACCCUUCCCCCAGUGAGCAGGAACAGCAGCCCUCUGAGUCUUCUGGGGAUGUUGAAUAUUCUCCAGCCAAGCAGAAGACCCCAACUCAGCCUCCAGAACAUCAUGAAGUAGUUUCACCUCUAGGUCACCAUCAAGCUCAGCAUUCUGAUUUGCCCAAUGUCACUGUUAAGCCUCCAAAUAUGCAGCUUACCAUAGCAACAGAGCCUACUGCAGAGGUGGGAACUUCUCCAGUCUAUCAGGAGGGUACAGCUCAGCUCUCAGGGCCAGUUAAUGAUGUAGAACCUUACAGGGGCCCACCUCUGCCUCCAGAGUCAUUGGAAGAGGCUAGGCCUUUAUCAGUUCAACAGGAGACUUCAGUUCAGUCUCCAGAACCUGUUAAGGAUGAGAACCCCUCUGCAACCCAGCAGGAGGCUGCAGCUGAGCAUCCACAGACCCCUGAGGUGGUUGAGUCUUCUCUAAUCCAGCAGGAGGCCCCAACUCAGACUCCAGAGCCCUCUCAAGAAGUUGUAGCUCAACCUCCAGAGCAUCAUGAGGUAACAGUUUCUCCUCUAAGUCAUGAUCAAGUUCAGCCUCCAACAUUGCACAAUGUCACUGUUAAACCUGUGGAUCACAUGGUUACCAUGACUUGAGAUUUCACUAAUCAGGUUGAAAUUUUAACCCAACAGGGGGCCCCAGCUCAGCCUUUAAUGUCCCCUGAGCAGUUUCAAUAUUUGAAAGACCAGCAGCAGAGAUUAUAAUUCAGCAGCUAAAUACCCUUGAAAAUGAUGAACUUCCUCCAGUCCAUCAAAAGCCCACAACUCAGCCUCCAACUGAGCUCUCCUCAGACUUUGAAGGUUCAUUGAAAGGUGGGAUGAUAUUUUUCACCUCUAGAUCUUUCUUCAACAUUCAAAAGUAAUUCAACUUUGCCUAAUACCACAGUUAAAAAUGUGAAUAUGGAGCUUCCCAUACCUUCAGCAGUCACUGGAGGUUGAAACUUCUCCAGUCCAGCAGGACAACCCUCCUAUUCCCACUGAGCAGGCUGACUUUUCUCUAGCCCAGCCUGAUCUCCCUUCCCCAUCUCUGCAUUCUCCUGAAAAGAUUGAACCUCCAGUCCAGUAAGAGGCCACAGCUCAGACUCCAGGUCGCCCUAAGAAGGUAGAACCUUCUCCAGUACAGCAAGAGUUCCAAGCUGAGUCACCAGAGCCCCCUAAGGAGG